AUAUUCGAUUUUUUUUCUCUCGAAAUUCUAUUGGUCAUUUUUGGGAUUAAAUUUCGUUAUCUUCGACCUUUCAUAUAUACUCUGCAGAGGUUACUGGUGAUAGAGGAGUCCAUACAAAAAUGUAGAAAAAGGACUAAGAAGAAAAUGUGGAACUGUUUAUUAUUUGUCUGUUUCUUCUUUGCAUCAUGUACAGCAUACAAUUUUGUGUGUAAAUCGGGUUGGAGUUACCAGCAUAAUGAUUAUUGUUACAAGAAAUUUUCUGGAAUGUCAGUCAACUGGUACACGGCUCGAGGCAUUUGUCGAGGACAUGGAGGUUUUCUUGUAGGUGUAAGAGACAGGUCUAAACAAAACCACAUACAAGGUUUGGCCAGAAGUGGACAUCUCUGGACCGGAGGAAAUGAUCUCUCCAGAAAAAGACACUGGGUUUGGGACGAGGGAGAUCGUAUUUCUUUUUCGAACUGGGAUUCACAUGAACCAAGCAAUAGCAAUGGAAACGAAGAUUGCAUAGAGCUUCGAAGUGAACAUUCCUGGACCUGGAACGACGAGUCUUGUUCAAGUGAAAGGCCAUUUAUGUGUGAAUUACACGCUUGCCAUCUUCCGGAACAUUGUAUAUCUACGACUUGUACCACCACUGAUGACUAUCAAUGUGCAAAAUGUCAGGAUGAAAAGUCAACACCUGAGUAUUCUAUUUACUGGCCUACUUCAAAUAAGAAAGUUUGCAAAGGUAUAUAG